GCCGCAGCAGCGACUGUUGGCGGCCGGUGAAGCGGGCGGGGCCGGCGGCGAGGAGGCGGGGUCCCGGGCGAGCCGCCCUGGGGAAGGCGGGGGCCGUUUCCAUAGCGGCGGCGGCGGCAGGAGGUGUCGCGCCGGGGAACUUCCUGGUUCCCGGGCUCGGCUUCGCCGGGAGCCUCCUGGAAGGGAGACAAUGGGGCGGAGGGCACUGCGGUAGCCGCCGCCACCGCGCCGGACCCGCUCGGUCUCCCGCGACUGGCCGCCGCCGGGACCACCCAGAGAACAGGAUAUGUAUUCCUCUGAGAAAGCCUGGACAGUAGAUCUUGGUUUAAUACUGGACUGGGACAACACACAGAGACUUUUCCAGUCAUGAAUUCGGACCAGGAUGUAGCACUCAAACUUGCCCAGGAACGAGCUGAAAUAGUUGCUAAAUAUGACAGAGGACGAGAAGGUGCAGAAAUCGAGCCUUGGGAAGAUGCGGAUUAUCUUGUUUACAAAGUCACUGAUAGAUUUGGCUUUUUACAUGAGGAGGAGCUCCCAUAUCAUAAUGCAGCUGUGGACCGGCAAAAGCAGCUGGAAAUUGAGAGAACUACCAAAUGGCUGAAAAUGCUGAAAGGAUGGGAGAAAUACAAGAAUACUGAGAAGUUUCAUAGACGAAUUUACAAAGGAAUUCCACUCCAGCUCCGAGGUGAAGUCUGGGCUCUUCUUCUUGAGAUCCCUAAGAUGAAGGAAGAAACAAGAGACCUUUAUAGUAAAUUAAAACAUAGAGCACGGGGUUGUUCACCUGACAUCAGACAAAUAGACCUUGACGUGAACCGCACAUUUAGGAACCAUAUUAUGUUUAGAGACAGAUAUGGUGUUAAGCAACAAUCCUUAUUCCAUGUUCUUGCUGCAUAUUCUAUCUAUAAUACGGAAGUCGGGUACUGUCAGGGGAUGAGCCAGAUAACAGCCCUACUCCUCAUGUACAUGAACGAGGAAGAUGCCUUCUGGGCCCUGGUCAAACUCUUCUCCGGCCCCAGACACGCUAUGCAUGGCUUUUUUGUCCAAGGUUUUCCUAAACUCUUGAGAUUUCAAGAACAUCAUGAAAAAAUUCUGAAUAAAUUUCUGUCCAAACUUAAGCAACACUUGGAUUCUCAAGAAAUCUACACAAGUUUUUAUACAAUGAAAUGGUUUUUUCAGUGUUUUCUUGAUCGAACCCCCUUUAUGCUGAACCUCAGGAUAUGGGACAUCUAUAUCUUUGAAGGAGAGAGGAUUCUUACAGCUAUGUCUUACACAAUCUUGAAAUUACACCGAAAACAUCUAAUGAAGUUGUCUAUGGAAGAACUUGUAGAAUUUCUUCAGGAGACUCUCGCCAAGGACUUUUUCUUCGAGGAUGAUUUUGUAAUAGAGCAACUUCAGGUUUCAAUGUCAGAACUAAAGCGGGCAAAAUUAGAUCUCCCAGAGCCUGGUAAGGAGGAUGAAUAUCCAAAGAAACCCUUGGGGCAACUUCCACCUGAGUCUAAUUCUGCUUGUAUUAAUCAGUUGAGCAAUGGACAAAGAAGUGUUGGCAGGCCCAGCCCCCAAAUAAGCAGCAGAAGAGAAGGAGGAUCGCCUCACAAAAAACAUGAGCGUUCCCCUGCCCAGCACAGCAGAACUGGUACACCAGAAAGAGUUGGGCAAGCCCGGCAGAAGUCAGCGGAUGAUGACAGUCAAAGUCUGAAGCAUGAGGCAGGUUUUCAGAGAAGACCUUCAGUGGGCCCACAGGACAGUUCCAGGCACUAUAACCAUGCAGCUGCUAACCAAAAUAGCAAUGCGAUUUCAAACAUCAGAAAGGAGUUUAUGCCCAAAUGGAAAAAACCAUCAGAGGCCUCAGCUAUUGAAAGAACUGCUAACUAUGGCAUCGAGGGCAAAAGUUACUCAGUGUAUUCUACUCCUACAGCUGCUGCCCCAAGUUCUGCUGAGACACGGGUGUCCAACUCAAGGCAAAAGAUGAAGGGUUUUGAUGGCAGUGAUGGGAAGCGGGGUUCUAAUGCCUCACAGUAUGACAAUGUGCCUGGGGGUGAAAAUGAAAACGGGGUGUCUGUGGAGGAGGCAUCAGAGCGGACUCAUCCUCACAGCCCAAGAAAGCACACUGAGCCAAGUUCCAGCCCAUCAAAAGUACCCAACAGGUUUACUUUGAAAGUGCAGUCUCCCGGCCAUGUACGAUACCCAUCCCAGUUAGAAGGGGAGGAUCCCAGGGUUGCAUAUCCACCCUCCUACAGCAACCCCCCUGGUUACCGUGGAAAUUCUCCAAAACACAUCCCUGUUACCCACAGCAGCUUUGUGUCCCCACAGAUCAGCCCUGGGACUCAAAUUAACCCUUCCAGGAGACCGUAUGGCUCUUCUCUUUCAGUUGAUAUUUCUCCAGAGAAGUCCUACAGCCGCCCAAAUCCUGUUGUUCUACCAUCUAGUCGGAUUGAAGUCCUUCCCAUUGACAUUGGUGCCGGGGGGUAUGCAGGCAGUUCAGGCUCACCAAAGAAUGGAAAGUUCCUCCUUCCUCCAGUGGAUUAUUUACCAGAGAGCAGAAAGUGGUCAGAAGUUAGCUAUACAUACAGACCUGAGAUACACGGACAAUCAUGGACUCGAGAUCCUAGCCGUAGCCACUUAAGCAAUUUACCAAAAUAUGCAGCCUUUCAACAUGUACCUUUUCAGGACCAUGGCCUUCCAGAAGUAUCUGUAGACAGUCCAGUGAGGUAUAAACCUUCACCAGCUCUGGAAGAUGCCAGUUCUCCUGGGUAUCAAUAUGCAGGGCCCCCACCUCCAGCACAUCACUACAGAAAUAGAGAGGGACUUUCUAUUCAGGAAUCAGUAUUGCUGUGAGAUUUUUUGGCUGUAUUCACUGAAGACAAAAGAAUAGAUACCAUAUGGUAACCACAUUGCUAUGUUUAUAAUUGCCAAAGCAGUAUUUUAGACUAUUGUAAACAACUCAUGCAGUUCCAGUGUGUCAGUACGAGAAUGUGUGGAAAUGCUUCAUCCCAUGUCGAUGCUGCUGAAGAAGAGUGUUUCAAUUGCAUCAUCACUGAGACGUUAGUAGGAGAUGAAAAAGCUGGAGACAUAGCAGUAGCAUUUAGGGGUGCGCACACAGUGAGGUUCUAAAUGUUGUCUCUUUCCUAUCUUUCCUUCAGACCGAAUGUUUCCACUCUGGAUACAUUCUGUUCUGACUACUGUUAGAAAGCACUGAGACGCUGUAGAGGAGACGUUCUGAAGGCUGCCACUCAUUUUUAAAUAGAUGUGACAAGCACCCAUGCAUAGAUUUUAUUCACAGAAUUUAGCAAUGGUUUUUAAAACAACCUUUAAUCUAGAUCCAUGAAAUAACUGUGGGUUCCCCGCCCCCCCAUAUCUUUCUGCCCACCCUGACCCUGUCAUAUUUUAACCUAGGUUCUAAACUGAAACUGACUUUAAAAAUUUGUCCUGACUUUAUGAAUCCUACAUCUCACAGAAUGUCAUUCUCCUCCUUUUACAGCCAUUUUAGCUCUACCUGAAAAGUAAAGACACUGGGGAGAAAGGCUAACCACUUCAUGGUGCUUAAAAUAUGGUCAGUUAGCUUGAGUGUGUGGCUCUGGUCUGGCCUGUGCACAGCAUCUGCCUGCACCUUGCCAAGUGCAAGGGACUGGCUGCAGAAGUUGGAAGUCCCAGACCCUGCGGCACUCCAGGCAGUGGAAGAUCGCUUUUCAAGUUUAUUUGAAAGCGGCCUUAACUGUAAUGCUGCUCCACACCCUGCUUCAGGUUUCACAGGGCCCCAGGGGAACUGUUCACAGGGCUUUUUUUCUGCCACUCAGUCUUUACUGAGUGUAGUGGGUGGAUAUCGCUACACUUACUGGGCCAUUACAUUAUCCUGGUCAGAAGUAUGAAAAAUACCCUAAUUAUUUAUAAGCAUCUAGAAUUUUGAUCUUUGUAAAAAAGUUACUUAGUAUGUUUCUUAGUUUUUGAAAAAUUUAUCAGUGAAAAGUAAUUGAGGUUCAUGGUUUAAAAAAAAUUAAAAUAUGCUAUCGUACACUACUGUUACCAAGAUACUGACAACAUGCUGGGUUCUCCAAGAGAGAGUGUCUUUGUCCGUGUAGAUGCAUCUCUUAUUGUUAACCUUCUUGUAUCUGAAUAUCAGAAAGUAGGAAGUCCCAACAGUGAUGGCCCCCUCUUCCACAUUGGGGAUUUAAGCAUUUGAGGGACUAGAAUAUAUCUUAAGAGGAAAGUAACAUUUGUCUAGCUAGCGAACGUGACUAUUUUUUUAUGUAUAUAAUGAUUCUAAUGUAAUUUAAUCAACGUGGUAAUGAUGUUAUUAAGUGUGGAAACAAAUGCGGUAUAUUAAAGGUGAACACCACACUGAAACUCCAGCUCCUGGUUUAGAUCAUGUGGAAGGUGAGAAAUAAAUGUAUAGAAAUGUAGUUAAGGAUAUUAAUUACAGUUCUUAAAGUAUGACUCUGUGACUUAUAAGGAACCAAGCUGUACAAUUUAGUUUAUGAUGGCAGCAUCUAUGCCUCUCCAGAAAGUAUAUAUCAUAGUGGUAAAUAAUGUAGAUUAUAUAUAUAUGCAAUAUAUAUAUUACACACUAUUUUCUUAUGUCAUCUAUGGCAUUUUUUAUCUGUAUACUUUUUGAUGUGAUUGUUUUUAACAUGCUAAAAGUAAUACACAUAUUUUGUUCUGUGUCUUCUAUGUGCAGUUUUCAUGUGGCAAGGGCAUUGUACUGGUCCUUGCAGGGCCAGGCAGAUAUCCUUAUGUGCUUCCCCACAGCAUCGUACACAUGCCCCAGUUCUCUGCCUUCAUCUCCAGGGAGACCGUGUUUAGAACCGCAUCACCUUCCCUUGGUUUAAGUAAUAAUGGCAAUACGGUCUUUUCCACUAUAAAAUGCAUCUCUUGUUAGUUUUUAAGUAGGAAAUUUUAAUUUAAAAUUAUUUUGAC